UAGACCAAUCAGAGACGGCCAGAUCUAAAACACUUCCUUAUAAAUGAGGUGGCUUUUGGCGCUUCAGUACCGGAGAAUGGUAGAGGUACUAACGGCUCAUCACAAGACGGCAUAUUGGACCCGACAGUCCUUUAGUUUUUAUUUCAAUUUUCCCGUCUCGCCAGGUGUGUUAUAGUAGGAAAUAAAAGAUGGCCGUGUCCUCAAGCGCAAGCUUGAGCAAAGUCAUCAAGCAGCAGUACAUGGAGCUCCCCCAGGGAGAUAAAGUCCAGGCCAUGUACAUCUGGGUCGACGGAACUGGCGAGGGGCUGCGGUGUAAAACCAGGACCUUGGAUUUUAACCCCAAAAGCCUUGAAGAACUACCUGAAUGGAACUUUGACGGGUCCAGCACCUACCAAGCUGAAGGCUCCAACAGCGACAUGUAUCUCAUCCCUGCUGCCAUGUUCCGUGACCCCUUCCGCAAAGAUCCGAACAAGCUGGUCCUCUGUGAAGUGUUCAAGUACAACCGCAUGCCUGCAGAAACCAACCUCCGAAUCACUUGCAGUAAGAUGAUGAAAAUGGUAGAGGACCAAGUUCCCUGGUUUGGCAUGGAGCAGGAGUAUACCAUCCUGGGCACGGAUGGGCACCCCUUUGGCUGGCCCUCUAAUGGAUUCCCGGGGCCUCAAGGCCCAUACUACUGUGGCGUGGGAGCAGACAAAGCCUAUGGAAGAGAUAUCGUGGAAGCCCAUUAUAGAGCUUGCCUUUAUGCUGGGGUUGAGAUUUGUGGCACUAAUGCAGAAGUGAUGCCUGCCCAGUGGGAGUUCCAGGUUGGCCCGUGCGAAGGGAUCAACAUGGGCGAUCACCUGUGGGUGGCGCGCUUCAUCCUGCACCGUGUCUGCGAAGACUUUGGCGUCAUCGCGUCCUUUGACCCCAAGCCCAUCCCUGGCAACUGGAACGGCGCCGGCUGCCACACAAACUUUAGCACCAAGGAGAUGAGAGAAGACGGUGGACUAAAAGCCAUUGAGGACUCCAUUGAGAAGCUGGGCAGGAGGCACAGCUACCACAUCCGUGCCUACGACCCCAAAGGUGGCCUGGACAACGCCCGCCGCCUUACGGGCCACCACGAAACCUCCAACAUCAACGAGUUUUCGGCGGGCGUGGCCAACCGCGGCGCCAGCAUCCGCAUCCCCCGCAACGUGGGCCAGGAGAAGAAGGGCUACUUCGAGGACCGCCGCCCGUCGGCCAACUGCGACCCGUACGGCGUCACCGAGGCGCUCAUACGCACCUGUUUGCUGAGCGAGGAGGGCGAGGAGCCCGCGGAUUACUAAAAACGCGAGUCGUGGAUUGACGCCCCCCCCCCCACUCACCCCACUUAAAUUGAUAUUUUCUUUUAACUAGUACUGUAUUUUAUCCCUUCACUCCUCCCUCCCAUUGAAAUGGUUUAACCUGCAUUUUUUAAAUGGCUUCAAGUUGGCUGGUCGACUUAAAACGGUUAAGUCAUGUCUUUUUGUAGUUCCCCUCGGGUCAUGGCAGGGUACCUUCCCCUCGUCUUUAGAAGGGAUUGGCUUUUGUAACUGUUUCCGAGCCAUGUCUGACACCCACCCCUCCUUGUCCCUUCCCCCCCUAUUUGUUUCCUUUGGUGACUAAAUGAACUAAAGCACAUGGACACUGAGGCAUAGAGCUGCUAAGGUUAGGCAGCAUGUACAACUUAAUCGUUAGUUCAUGUAUCGCUAAUUGACCAUGUUGACCUGCCUUUUUCCAACUACCCCGGUUACUAACUCUUUGAUUUUUAUGAUGAAGUGUAUUUUUAAAUGGCAACGUUUGUCUUCAGACACACUGGGUCAACCGUGUUGGUACGCUAAAUGUAGAUGUCUAUGAUGUUCAAAUGUGGUGGAUCUGUCCAUAAUGCCAUUUGUAGAUUUUCCUCAAGGAGUUUUAUCCUUUUUGUUAAUGCACCCAAUUUGGUAACCUGUCAUGUUUACUGAACCUGGGUUUUUUUUCUCUUGAUACAUUUAAAACUUAUUUUUAUCACAA